AUGAGGGACGCCAACAUCCUUUCCUCGCAGCGAUGCAUGCCGCGCAUGAGCUGGCACCCGCGCAACCUCUACAACCUCUGGCUGCGCUCCAUCGGCGGCCGCUCGAAGGAGAUUCAGUUUCACCAGCAGCUCGAGACCUCGCUCUUCAAGCAGCGCUGGGUGUCCAAGGCGCUCGUCCGCGCCUACCACGGCGACUUCAUAAACGAGAAGAUAUUCAAGCGCUACUAUCUCCCACAAACCCUGCCCGACGUGCGGCCCGCCAAGAGGACCGCCGCAACCGGCCCCAAAGGUAACCUGUUGGACGACACGAAAAGCCUAUCGCUCUUCGCCCGACGCGAGGGCGGUCUGAGCAAAGCGGCCCGGGAACGGGAUGCCGAGCGAGACUCGGCGCUCGCCGAGGAGGGCGACGAAGUCCCGCCCGUCGCCUCGCUCAUGUUCAGCGACGUCGAGCGCCGCGUGGACGUCUUCAUCUUCCGCGCCUGCCUCGCGCACAGCGUGUACGAAGCCCGACGGAUGGUCAUCCACGGUGACGUCAAGCUCAACGGCAAAAAGCAUACGAACCCCAAUACCCGCAUCGCCCCGGGCGACAUGGUCACCGUCAACCCGGCCGCCAUCCGGUUCCUACAACCCGCGCCCGCAGCUCCCAUCGACGAGAAACAUCCCAGGGCCGAUGACAAGGCGUCUACCGACGAAACCACCGAUGAAGCCUCCGCCUCCGCCACCGAGACCGACACCUCGCCGGACGAGACCUCACCACAAUCCUCAGCCGAAGCCCAACCCUCAUCCGAACCCGAAUCCGAGUCCGAGUCCGGCGCCUCAGACAGCACCCACCCCUCCUCCUCCGCCCCCUCCCACCCCUCCAAAUACGCCGCCAAGCUCGCCAAACGCGCCGAAGCCGCCGCCGCCGCCGAGUCGCUCACGCCCUUCACCCUGCCCCCCUACGCCUCCCCCUUCAUCUUCGUCCCGGCCUACAUCGAGGUCUCCUUCCUCGCCUGCUCCGCCAUCUACGUCCGGCACCCGACCGCGCGCCCGAACUACUCGGAGAUCCCGACCCCGUACGACGCCGACGGCGCCGUCGUCCGCCUCGCCUGGGAGUGGUACUCCAAGCGGCGGGUCAGGCUGCGCAGCGCGAAGAGGCGGGCGAGGGAGCCCGAGAAUCGGAAGGAGGCGGAGAAGCGCGAGGGGUGGUGGUAA